CAAAGGCCACAGAGAUGAGACUCACUUCCGUUAACAAGUCUGGUACACUUUCUUGGUGUCCUAUUCAAGACCACACCGAUUUGAUGGCUGUUGGUUCUCUGGCUGGCUCGUUGGAUUGGAAUGAAUCGCUGAGAUCUAGUCAACAAGCAGGUACUGGAGCAACUUUAGAAAUAUACAGUAUAUUGCCAAGCUUUACAGGAAAGCAAAUCAGUAGUUUAAGCACAAAAUAUGAAGAGAGUGAAGAAACCCCUGUUGAAGAAGAAUCCGUACAACAACAACAAGAAUCAACAGAUUCAUCAGAUAUUUUCCAAAGUAACGAUGAUGAUUUCUUCUCAAAUAGUUCUUCAUCAGCUUUCUUUUCAUCAUUGGGUUCUACUCAUCAACAAAACGAAUUAAUCUCAACAGAGGAAGAGGAAAAGAAGAAAAAGGAAGCUGCUAGAAAGCAUCCAAAAUUAGUUGCUCAAAUCGAAGCACCUGAUCGUUUUAACAGACUUUCUUGGGGUACUCCGGGAUCAACAGGAGAAUCACUUGGUAUUGUUGCUGGUGCUCAAGUUGAUGGUACUAUUAGUCUUUUUGAUGUUAACAAGAUGGUAGAAUCUUACUCCAAGACAAAGAAAAUUUCAUCAACAAGUUCUGCUCUUGUUGCUACUCUUGAUAAGCACCAAAAUAGUGUUCGUGGCUUAGAAUUUAAUCCAAAACAAGUCAAUUUAUUGGCAAGUGCUGGUGAAGAUGGACAACUUUUCAUCUGGAACUUGAAGCAACCAGAACAACCUGGUGUUGUUGUUUUGGGUUGUAAAAAUCCACAUCAAAAUCAAACAAUUUCUCAUCUUCAAUGGAAUCAAAAAUUCGAAUAUAUUUUGGCAACAACAUCUCAUCAAGGAACAUCUGUUGUUUGGGAUUUGAGACAAAAACGUGUUCUUGUUCCUUUCAGUAAUGCCAAUCAUCCAAGAUCAAGAUACAGUUCUCUUGCUUGGAAUCCAGAUAUUCAUACUCAAUUAUUAGUAGCUUGUGAGGAUGAUGAAAGACCAGUUAUUGAAGUUUGGGAUUUGAGAAAGGCUUAUGCUCCAAUCAGAGAACUCGGAUCCGCUCAACAAGGACAUCAAAAGGGUGUUUUGAGUGUUAGUUGGUGUCGUGAAGAUAGUAACCUUUUGGUCAGUAGUGGUAAGGACAAUCGUUCACUUAUUUGGAAUCCUAAUACUGGUGAUUUACUUGGAGAACUUUCAACUGGUUUCUCUGAAGUUUCAUCAUCCAAUAGAAAUAAUAAGGGAAGAGUUAAUACUCAAGAAGAAUAUCCAUGGAUUUUCGAUGCCCAAUGGUCAUACAAAUCAACUAUUCUUUCAACAAGCUCUUUUGAUAAGAAGAUUCAAGUUUACAGUGUUCAAGAUCCAAGUUCUGUCAAUGUUGAAUCCAAUGCAUUCAAUGCCUCUGUCAAGAAUAUUUCACAACCAACUGCUUCAGUUUUGAAGACUGCACCAAAAUGGCUUAAGAGACCAGCUGGUGUUUCUUGGUGUUUUGGAAAUAGAUUAAUUGCUUUCAAUAACACAAUCAAGCAAGAAAGUGAAGAAAAUAGUUUGGAAAAGCACCAACAAGUUCAACAAUUCAUGACUCCAAAUCCAAUUCGUAUUUACAGUGGUGCCUCUGCUCUUGCCUCUGUUUCUGUUAGUGAAUCUGAUGCACCAAAGAUGUUCGAUUUCAAUAAGCAAGUUAUUGAAUUGGAAAAGAUUGUUCUUUCUCAAGUUUCUCCACAAGAAAAGAGAGAUCUUUGCGUUCAAUAUUGUAAGCAAAAGCAAUCUGAAAGCCAAUCAAUGGAAUGGAAUUUGUUGGAAAUUUUGUUUACUUCUGAUGAAGAAAAAGGAAAGAAGAUUCAAUCAUUGUUAGGAUACAAUAGAGAAACUAUCCAACAACAAUCUCAAACUGUUGAACCUCAAUCAAGUGAAUCCGAAAGAAAUAACUCUGAGGAAUUGAGCACACUCAUUAAGAAGAAUAUUAUUGUUGGAAAUAUGCAAGGAGCCAUCAACUGUUGCUUGAGUGGUAACAGAUUUUCUGAUGCCUUAGUUUUGGCCAAAGUUACUGGCAAUAGUGAAUUGUGGAAUUAUGUUGUUGAACAAUUUUUGAAUAGUAAGGAAGGUUCCGUCAUUAAUGCCAUGAGAGAUCUUGUCUAUAAGAAUUAUGAUGCUGUUCUUAACCAUACUGAAGAAAGUUGGAAGGAAAAACUUGCUACUCUCUGUUUGGAUAUGACAAAGAACAAGACUUUGAUCGAUUCUGUUCUCAAGUCUUUGGUUGAAAAGGAAGAACAACGUCUCAUUGAUAGACCAAAUGAACCACAAUCUGAAGAUGAUCUCCUAGGAUCACUCUUGGGUUCAUUCCUUUCUGGACAAAUUGAACAAAUCUUCACCAGAUGGAUUUCUGAAUUCGAAAAGAGUAUUGAAGGUGUUUCAACAUCAAGCCCAGAUUUUGCUGUCAGACUCAUUGAUUUGAUUUCCAAGAUUGAAUUACUUCAUACACACCAUCUCACCUAUGCCUCCAUCUCCAAGAAGACAACUACCAUUUCAUACAUUGAAUCUAUCUUGAAUCAAAUGUUGCAAAAUGGUCAUGUUUUGAAUCAAUAUUAUAUUACAUUUGCUAUGAAAUGUAUUGAAUUGGGCAGUUUGGUUGAUGUUCAAAAGACUUUACCAUUGGCUCUCCGUUGUUUGAAUAUUGCUAUUGACCAAACUUCAUCUCAACCAAUUAUUCUUCCAAAGGAUUAUUCCAAUGUUGAUAUUCAAGAAUUGAGAUAUCGUCUUUAUCAUUCCAUUGGUAAGGCUCCACAAAGUCUCAAGGCUCCUUCCAUGCCAAGUUCUUGGAUUAAGAAGAAACCAACACAACAAACAACACAACCAACUCCAACAACUCAUGCUUCUUCUAUUCCACCAAGCUCAAGUGCUACAAUCUCUUCUUCGACCAGAUCAGAUUCACCAACCAAUACAAAGAAAUUGGGAGGUAGUGGAUACAAGAAGGUUGAUGUUCAAUUGUUGCCUCAACCACUUCCAACAGUUUCCCCAAUUUCAGGAGCCAUCGUUCCACCAACUGGUGCUGUUGCUAAGCCUGUAGCCAUGCAUCAACCAGUUACUGUAACUCAACCAGUCCAUAACCCUGUAACAACAACACCUGUCUAUCAUCAACCAACUAGUACUCAUAAUCCAAUUCAUAAUAAUUUGGGAGGAGUUGCAUCUUUCACUCCACAACCAAUUCAACCAUCUACUGGUUUCCAAUCAAACUCAAUGAGUGGAGGUAUGCCACCAAUGAUGGGCGGAGGAAUGCCAUCAGUGGGAGGAUAUGGAAUGAAUUCAAUGAGUGGAAAUAAUAAUUUGGGAGGUGUGGCUACAUUUGCUCCACAACCAAUUCAACCAUCCACUGGAUUCCAAUCCAACCAAAUGCCAAUGGGAGGUAUGCCACCAAUGAUGGGUGGAGGUAUGCCACCAAGCACAGGUAGCAGCAAUUCUUCUCCAUCAAUGACUCCAACUUGGCAACAAGUUACAAUGCCACCAACAUUGAAUCCACAAUCAGAAGUUAUUCAACAACCUAUGGUUAUUCAACCAGUUGUCGAUCAACAAGCCAUUUUGAGAGAAAAUUUGGAAAAGUAUGCUGGAAUUGAUAUUGAAAGAAAUGUCACAAGUGCCAGAUAUCAAAAUGUUGUAGAUAGUUUGACUCAAAGUUUCGAUAAGUUAUAUGGAGGAGAAGAUAAGGGAGCUGCUCAUUUGGAAAAGAAGAGAAUGAUUGCUCAAAGUGUGAAUGCACUCUUUACUCUUUUACAAGAAACUAGCAAUGAUGCAUUGGCUCACGAACUUUUAAUGUGGAGUGAUGCCAUGUUACAAGGCGAUUUCACAUCAGCUGACCACACUUUCAAGUCUUUGAACAAGUUGUACUUCCAAGAACUUAAGAAUGCCAAGAAUAUGAGAUUUUUAAUGACCUGUCUUAAAGCAUCAAAGCAAUAAUUUUAAAUAAAUUUUUAUUAAACUAAU